AUGGCGACGCUACUCGAUCCCCUUUUCUUCCGCCCUGGUCGUGCCCGCACAUUCACCUGUGACGAGAGGACUUUCAAUCCUGGUGACGGGCUGUGGAUUGAGACCGAGGAACCUCCCGAGCUUGAUCUGAUGGAUCCUGCGGAUGAUAACGACGAUGAAAACUCGGAUGUCGACAAUGACGACCUUCCGGUGUGGGAGGAACCGUCGUUCUCCCCAACCCAUGACCCAUCCGAGCUCCAUGAGAACGCUGUCCCUGCGGCGUCGUAUAAUUCGGUCCAUGGUCCCGCUUAUCAGAAAGGUGACCUGGAUAUGUAUGGGGAAGAUGAAGUGCCGGAUGUCCCCGGGGUGGCGGUCAAGCGUGUCCUGCUCGUUCCGUCGGAUGUAAAUCAUCCCCGUGCAGAGACGAUUGUCCGCUUUCCCGAAGGUCUCUUAGAGGACAAGAUCACCCUUAUAUCGGAGCGCUCGACCUUCGGUACGAUGCCUCGGAUCGUGAUUCCAGCUGUGACCUCCAUGGCCGUCAUCGAUAGGGUCACAGGCCGUGCUGUAAUGCCGCCGUGCGAUCCUAACGACAUCUGGUGUCGAUUCAGGGUUGCGAACGAGGAAGAAGACAUCAUGCAGUUCGACGAGAAAAUCUGCAAGGAGGAUUGCAAAGCUGAUGGCCUAUGGAAUGCCGCCCAGGCAGGCCAGUCACGCUUCUGCCAGACAUGCGUCACGUUUUUCCAUGUGGGCUGUAUGCUCGGAAGGCUUGUGAAGCCUGAACAGCUCAAGGAUCACAAGGAUCGCCUCUCCGAGUAUGGGCAGGAGUACCUGAAGCCGCUGUGCAGGGCCACUUCGCCACCAAGUUCUGUCAAGGUUCCCAAUGUGAUCAUCAACGCGCGUAGUGCCGAAAUCGAUGCGGACGUCCACGACAAGCUGAACCUUAUCAAAAUGCCAAAGACGACGUAUGCGGAGGUGGCGUGUCUGCCCAUUCGGCGGCGCACGUAUCCGGGCAGAACUCCUCUCACCAACGAGGUCUUAAUCCAGCAUGCCAUCCGGGAGGUACAGGAUGGUCGCGGGGCGAAGAGGGUUUCGAACCUGUUUGACGUCUUGGUUGCCUCGGGGCUGUGUCCACAGGCCAGUGCACGCGGUGCGAAGACCAUUCUCCUAAAGGACUUGCGCAAGCAUCGCGGUCGCGUCAUGUGGUGGUUCUUGUGCCCAGGCUGUUCGAAGCGGUUGAUUUAA